GAGUUUGUAAAUUGAAAUUAUUUCUUCUAACUAGACCACUACUUUUAUAAGUUCGCCUCUUGGACUUUGCUCCUCCCAAAUCUCAGGCUUUCUUAUACGAAUUUCGAAGAAAUUUCUCUGUAAAGAUGGGAUUCCCCAUGAGCAGGUUCCUCUUCAAGGACUCUCGAGCUCUCCUUGCUUCCCAAUUCAACCGAUAUCUUACAGUGAUCAAUCGGAGCCUCUGCACCGAAUCGGACCGAUGGGCUGCGGGGGGUUGGCCAGAGCCGGAGUCAUGGAAGUCGAUGGAGGGUCUCGUCCGGUGCUCGGCCAACCACGCGCCGCUGUCUCCGAUCAGCUUCCUGGAGAGGUCAGCUAAGGUCCACAGGGACAGGACAUCUCUGGUCUAUGGUCCGGUGGAGUACACGUGGGGUGAGACUCAUGCGCGGUGCGUGCGCUUGGCUUCCGCCCUGGCCCAGCUCGGGAUUUCCCGUGGGGAUGUGGUGGCCACUUUAGCCCCGAACGUGCCUGCCAUGUACGAGCUGCAUUUCGCGGUGCCGAUGGCUGGCGCAGUUCUCUGCACGCUAAAUGCCCGCCAUGACCCUGCAAUGGUCUCGGUCCUAUUGAGACAUUCAGGGGCGAAGCUCAUCUUUGUGGACUAUGAGUUGUAUGAGAUUGCCCGAAGGGCCCUUGACCUCAUUGGAAAAACCGGAACGGAAUUACCGGUCCUAGUUGUUAUUUCCCAAUUGGAUGGCUCUGAUUCACCCUCUUCUCAUUCCGCUCACGAGUCGUACGAGGAUCUUGUUGCAGGUGGGUGCGAUGACUUCGACGUGUUGAGACCCAAUAGCGAGUGGGAUCCGAUAAGUAUAAAUUACACCUCUGGUACAACCUCGAGGCCUAAGGGGGUGGUGUAUUGCCACAGAGGCGCUUAUCUCAAUUCCAUCUCGACGUUCCUCCUCCAUGGCAUGGGGCCGCCACCCGUCAAUUACCUGUGGACCGUCCCGAUGUUCCAUUGCAAUGGAUGGUGCCUCACUUGGGGCAUGGCGGCCUUAGGAGGCACCAACAUUAGCCUCCGGAAGGUCACUCCAAGGGGAAUUUUCGACAAUAUAACUCGACAUGGGGUGACCCAUAUGGGUGGGGUCCCAACCGUCCUGAACAUGAUUGUGAAUUCUCCAGCGACUGAUCGUCAGCCACUUCCCCAUCCGGUGGUGGUCAUGACCGGUGGCUCACCACCCCCGCCUCAGAUUCUCUCAGGGAUGGCUGAGUUGGGAUUCCAGGUUUCUCACCUAUACGGCCUCACGGAGACUUACGGACCGGGGACAUAUUGUGACUGGAAGCCCGAGUGGGACUCACUGCCGAAUGAAGAGAAAUUUAGGAUGAAGGCCAGACAAGGAUUUCAACAUCUUGGGCUGGAGGAGGUUGAUGUUCAGGACCCAAUCACGAUGAGUAGCAUCCCGGCUGAUGGGCAGACUAUCGGAGAAGUAAUGUUUAGGGGAAACACGGUAAUGUGUGGAUACUUGAAAGAUCAUGAAGAGACCAGGAAGGCCUUCGAGGGAGGCUGGUUCCAUAGUGGCGAUCUUGCAGUGAAGCACCCUGAUGGGUAUCUCGAAGUUAAGGACCGAUUAAAGGACGUCAUUAUCUCAGGAGGAGAGAACAUAAGCUCGGUUGAGGUAGAGACAGUCUUAUAUAGCCAUCCGGCGGUUCUUGAGGCUGCAGUGGUGGCUCGCCCUGACAACCAUUGGGGCCAGACUCCGUGCGCGUUUGUGAAGCUGAAGGAGGGAUGCCAAAUAAGCGAUUACGAGAUAUUAGAUUUUUGUAGGGCCCGCCUGCCUCACUACAUGGCUCCUCGGACGGUUGUGUUUGAGGACUUGCCGCGGACCUCGACGGGGAAGGUACAAAAGUUCAUCCUUAGGGAGAAAGCAAAGGCCCUAGGUAGCUUGUCUUGAACAGCAAGAAGGACACAACCUCAAUCAAAGCUCCCAUUUGUGAUUACAAUACCCAAAAUUUUAACAGGAGUAAUAAUUCCGAUACAAUGAGUUUCAACUAUUGAUGCAGCACAAAUGGUUAUUCUGCUUA